CUAUUCUGUUGUCACAGGUGAAGAAAGUUAAUGACUAAAGUUCGUGCAUGGAUAAAAAAUUGCAAGACGACUGUUCUUGUUCAGGAAUCAUAAGUCACAUAAAUCAGAGUGAAAACAAAGAGGGCAAAGAUAACAUUUGAAAAUUGUUUUCACUAUCUAUAGAAAAGUUUUCUGUGGUAAAAGUAUGACUCGACACGCUAGAAAUUGUACAGCAGGUGCUGUUUAUACAUAUCAUGAAAAGAAGAAAGAUGCCCAAGCAUCGGGAUAUGGCACAAAUGCCCAAAGAGUUGGAAAGGAUUCAAUUAAGGAUUUUGAUUGUUGUUCUCUCACUUUACAACCUUGUACAAAUCCAGUUGUCACGCCAGAUGGUUACCUGUUUGAUAAAGAAGCAAUAUUGGAAUACAUUAUAACAAAAAAGAAUGAAUACUUCCGAAAAUUGAAGGAGUAUGAAAAGCAGAAACGAAAGGAAAAGACAGAAUUGGCAGAACUGGCAGCAGCAGAAGAACGAUCAAAAUUGAACAACUUUUUGAAGACAGAAAAGAAUAUUGUCAGUGCUCCAGUCAAAGCUUUUAAAUCAGACUCGUUAAAUAUUGAGAAGCCAUCUGUGUCCAACAUGACAGAGGGACGAGACAAACAUCUGCCCAGCUUCUGGAUAGCAUCAAAAACUCCCGAGGCCAAAGAUAAGACUCUGAAAAAACCUGAUAAGACAGUGUACUGCCCUGUGAGUGAAAAGCCACUGAGAGCCAAGGAUUUGAUUGAUAUAAAGCUGAUACCAGUGAAAGAUCCUGAUGACAAAAAGGCAUUGAUUGUGAAACAGAAUCGCUACAUGUGUGCUGUGACGCAUGAUAUCCUUAGCAAUUCAGUCCCCUGUGCAGUUAUUAGAACUACGGGAGAUGUUAUCACAAUGGAUUGCGUGGAGAAGAUCAUCAAGAAGGACUGGACCCAUCCACUUACAGGAGAAAAAUUAAAAGAACGAGAUAUAAUUCCUCUGCAAAGGGGAGGAACAGGGUAUUCUACAACCAACUUGAACUUGGAAGCAAAACACGAACGCCCAGUUCUGCAAGCUUAAAACUAUAAUGUAGAUAAUGGAAAAUAUGAUGUAUAUAAUUGAACAGUUUGUACAUCAGAUGAUGACUGUUUUCUGUUAUUUUGUGCCAUGUAGUCUGGUAGAAAUAUGCGAACAUUUCAGAAGUGUUUGCUGCGUGCAGUGUCUCAUUGAUAAUUGGGGCGGCAAGCACCUCUGAACUGUUGGUCCCAGAAGACAGCCAUCUUCAUACUUGAUGCUGUGAGAACCUGAAAUCUCACAUUGCAUAUAUGUGGGUUCAAGUGUCUUGAGUUACUUCAAUUUAUUACAGAAUAAUUAAUGUAUUUUGCACUUAGCCAGUAAUAUAUAGGUGUAACAGAAGUUUAUUUUCUCAGGAAAUUUUGGAGUUCACUUUGUAAAUUAACUACAUUAAUAUUUUUUUUUGCUUUUAAUGGAACAUUUCAAUUUUUUUUUUGUUAUUAACUUUACUACCAAAUAAAUGAAGUGUGUUACUGUAUACUAAUGUUACACAGCAUGCAACAGAAUAUUGUUUCUGCAGUGUGGAGUUAAUUCAGUAAAAUAUUUGAUAUUAUUUUGCUGUUAACUCUAGUUAUUUUCAUCGGCAUGUAUGAAUCUGGUAAAAAAAAAAAAAAACAUUCAAAAUGUCUUUUGAUGACAGUCUUUA